ACAGGUUCACAAGACACAAAGCUCACUCCUCUCACUCUUCUCACAUUUCAUGCGAUGCGUUCCAUUGACGCAGAAACCUAGGGCUAUUGAAUCUCUCCGUCAAGAAAUUCAGAAGGGAGGAAUAAAGCGACGAAGACAUGCCUUUCUGGUGGCCAUUGAUCGUUCUAGCAUUCGCUUACGCGAUCUGUCGAUUCUUGUUGAUGCUCAUCCCUCCCAGUGUGCCUUCUAUCAACGUUGACGCCUCCGAUGUGUUGGAUAGGAACCAAGCGCAGGAAAACAGCUUCAUAUAUAUACCUCCAAGAGGAAGGACACAGCAGUCUGAUAAAAGGGUUCAAUGUUAUGAACCUGCAACUAUGAAGUAUUUGGGAUUUUUCCCAGCGUUGUCACCUGCUGAGGUCAAGGAUCGUGUUGCACAAGCAAGGAAAGCUCAGAAAAUCUGGGCAAAGAGUAGCUUUAAGCAAAGGCGUCAGUUCCUGCGAAUACUUCUGAAAUACAUCAUUGAACACCAAGAGCUUAUUUGCGAAAUCUCUUCACGUGACACUGGAAAGACGAUGGUGGAUGCCUCUUUAGGAGAAAUUAUGACGACAUGUGAGAAGAUUACUUGGUUUCUUUCAGAGGGUGAACGGUGGCUAAAGCCUGAAUACCGAUCUUCUGGAAGAUCAAUGCUUCACAAGAAAUCUAAAGUGGAAUUUCAUCCCCUUGGUGUUAUCGGUGCCAUUGUUUCAUGGAACUAUCCCUUCCACAAUAUUUUUAAUCCAAUGCUGGCAGCAGUCUUUUCAGGCAACAGUGUUGUGAUUAAGGUUUCGGAGCAUGCAAGUUGGUCUGGCUGUUUCUACUUCCGAAUAAUCCAAGCAGCUCUUGCUGCUGUUGGAGCUCCUGAAAAUGUGGUCGACGUAAUUACAGGGUUUGCUGAAACGGGAGAGGCACUGGUGUCCUCUGUUGAUAAGAUCAUAUUUGUUGGAUCACCUGGCGUGGGUAAGAGGAUAAUGCGAAAUGCUUCGGAUAUGCUUAUACCGGUUACUCUUGAGCUUGGUGGAAAAGAUGCAUUUAUUGUUUGUGAAGAUGUAGACGUUUCCCACGUUGCACAAAUUGCUGUCAGGGCUGCUCUUCAAUCAAGCGGGCAGAAUUGUGCAGGGGCUGAGAGGUUUUAUGUUCACAGGGAUAUCCAUUCCUCUUUUGUCAGUCAAGUUUCCAAAAUUGUGAAAUCUGUUUCAGCUGGUCCACCACUUGCUGGAAGGUAUGAUAUGGGAGCCAUAUGUUUGCAAGAGCAUUCUGAUAGGCUUCAAAACCUUGUAAAUGACGCCUUGGAUAAAGGAGCAGAGAUUGUUGCCCGUGGAAGUUUUGGUCAUUUGGCAGAAGGUGCAGUAGAUCAGUAUUUCCCCCCAACCGUGCUUGUAAAUGUAAACCAUACAAUGAAAUUGAUGCAAGAAGAGGCAUUUGGACCAAUCAUGCCAAUAAUGAAAUUUAGCACUGAUGAAGAGGUUGUCAAGCUUGCAAAUGACUCCAGAUAUGGGCUUGGUUGUGCUGUGUUUUCUGGCAAUCAGCGUCGUGCAAAAGAGAUAGCUUCCCAAAUUCAUUGUGGAGUUGUCGCGAUUAAUGACUUUGCAUCAACUUACAUGUGCCAGUCCCUGCCUUUUGGUGGUGUGAAAGACAGUGGAUUCGGACGAUUUGCUGGUGUGGAAGGGUUGCGCGCUUGCUGUCUUGUAAAAUCAGUUGGUGAGGAUAGGUGGUGGCCAUACAUAAAAACCAAGAUACCAAAGCCUAUUCAGUAUCCUGUUGCAGAAAAUGGGUUUGAGUUUCAGGAAUCACUUGUAGAAGCACUUUAUGGCUUGAACAUAUGGGAUCGUCUGCGAGCAUUGGUCAAUGUUGUUAAAUUUCUUUCAGAUCAAAACCCUAGUGCCAGCAACAGGAGAAGAAAUGACUGAUGGUGUGAUGCUAUCAUGGAUUACCUAGCCAGG